AUGGACAAAGAUAUUGGAAUAACACCAUUACUUAAUCCAGAUGAAGGAUAUUCAUCUAAAAAAAAACAUAAUACAAUAGAAACAUAUUGUACUCUUUGGAUGAUAUUAUCAAUGAUAACAUUUGUUUUAUUUGGAAUUGUAUUAACAUGUUGUAUGUUUUUAUCUACAAGACUUGAAGGGUUUACAACAAAAAUUAUUGAUAAUUAUGAAGAAAUAUUACCAUCACAAUAUCUUAUUGAUCAAAAUGCAUCAGUUAUUCCAAAGAAUCAACAAUCAAGAGGUAGUUGUUGGAUAUUUUCAACAAUAGGAUAUUUAGAAAGUUCAUAUAGAGCUUAUGGAGUUCAACAUAAUCUUCUUAAUUCAACAGAAUAUGUUCAAUUUUCUGAACAAGCAUAUGGUAAAUUAAUUUUUGAAUAUUGUCAAAAACAUAAAGAAAUACCAAUUUGUAAUUAUGGAGGAAUGGGAAUUAAUCAAACAAGUGAUGGAAGUGUUGAAUUUAUUUAUUAUUUAGGAGAUUAUGCUAAAAAUAUUAUAUUACCUAGUUCAGUAUGUAAUUAUUAUCCAGAAAGAGGAGAAGGAGAAUUUCAUUGUAAUGAUAAAGAAUUACCAAAAAUUAUGGCUACAAAUCCAAUAAAUUUUAGAAUUAAAAAUAUUAAAACUAUGUAUUCAAUAAAUGAAAUUAAACAAACAAUGUAUGAAUAUAAAUCACCAAUAUCAUAUGGAUUAGCUACUGUUCAAAAAGCAUAUUAUUUUGAAUGUAAUGAACAAAAUCCACAAUAUAAAGAAAAAGUAUGUACAGAAUGUGAAUUUCCAUGUUAUGCAGCUGCAUCAGGAGAAUACAUUAGAGAUGAUUCUAAUGCAAAAACAUGUUGUAGUAGAGUUGGAAUGGCAGCAUAUAGUAAUGAUGGAAUAUUUGAUUUACAUGGAGAAGUUAUGGGAAGUGGAGGACAUGCUAUGAUUAUUGUAGGAUGGAAUGAUGAAUUUAGAGUUGAUAGAGAAAAUACACAAUAUAUAGAAAUUGAAAAAAAUAAUAAUAAUAGAAAUGAAUUUGGAAAUAAAGAAUAUAAUAGUGUUAAAGGAGGAUUUAUUAUUAAAAAUUCAUGGGGAAAUGCAGGACAUUCAAUGGCAUAUUGGAUGCAAAAUAUUUCAGAAGCUAAUGAAGCAAUUAUUUGUCCAUUAACUCAAUCAAUUAAAAAUUGGGGACCUGUUGAUAUAAAAUGUUUAAAAGAAAAAAAAUUAUAUAAAGAAUGUGGAUUUGGAAGAAUUAGACAUGUUGGUAUUGAAAAAAAAACACUUAUUGGAGGAACUAAAUUACAAUGUAGAAUAACAAAUAAUGAAACAAAUGAUAUUUUAAAAAUGUCAUUAUUAGGAUUUGAACCAUGUUCACAUAGAGAUGCAAAUGAAUAUAUUUAUUCAUUUAUAGGAAUUCAAAAUAAUAAUGAAGAAGAUGAAACAAUAUCAUUAAAUUUAAAAAAUGAUAUUCCAAAAUUAUCAGAUACACAAAGAAUAUUUUAUAUUGCUAAAAUAAAAUUAAAUGAAGAUAAUAAUACAAUUAAUAGUGUAGAAGAAAUAAAAACUAAUAUUACAACUCUUAAUAUGUUAGAAAAAGUAUUUAAACCAAUGAUGGAUGAAGAUAUUCAAAAUAGUAUUCAUUGUGGAUAUUAUUUCCAACCAUAUAGUACAAUUAGAUUUUUAGUAAGUGAUUAUAAAGCAUGGGGAUAUGAAUCAUAUGCAUUUUCAUAUAUGGAUAUUGAAUGGGAUAAAAAAUCUUAUUUAAAAGGAAAUGAAGAUAAUAUAGAUUAUCAAUGGAUUAAAAAUUCUACUGUUAAUUAUGAAUAUCCUCAAUUUGAUGGACCAUUUGGUAAUUUAUUAAAUUCAAAUUAA